ACAUUUGUCUUUGCAUUGUUUAUUUCGUCAAGUAUUUCUUAAAUACAUUUUGAACACCCCGCCCCCCCCCCCCUCUUACGAAACAUGGUACGUCCCACUCCCUGCCGUUAGCCGUCGUUGUAUCCAAUGCUAGUGAACAGAUAUGUUGCGAUACCAACUAGCUACACACCGGCAUUAAAGCCACGAAAAGAUGAGCCUUCACGGGAUUAAAACAAUAAAACAAACAACAGCAAGUCUGGAAAAACUUUGCCCAACAGUGCCCAAACUUUGGUAGACUACGACCCGAAUCACUUCCCGUCAGUUUCGAGUGUGUUAGCAUUGUUUCCCCUCAACACUAUUUGCCGUCGGACGCGUUUCUUCUUCCCCUGGAGCGGUCCAGUCUGAUGAAUUCACCGAAAAAAGACGCAGAUGAUGAUGUGCCCGUUAAAGACCCGGUGAAAUACGGCGAAUUGGUCAUUUUGGGGUACAAUGGCUCUCUACCCAGCGGAGACCGCGGGCGCAGGAAGAGCCGCUUCGCGCUGUACCGGCGGGCCAAGGCCAACGGGGUCAAACCCAGCGCCGUGCACAUCCUCAACACGCCGCAGGACGGCAAGGCGGUGCACAGCAGGGGGCAGCACAGCAUCUCUUUCACGCUGUCUCGCAACCAGACGGUGGUGGUGGAGUACUGCCAUGACAACAGCACAGACAUGUUCCAGAUCGGACGCUCCACAGAGAGUCCCAUUGACUUUGUGGUAACGGACACCUCCGGGGGGGGGAAGGAGGGGGAGGACCCCUCCAUCGCUCCCAGCACCAUCUCGCGUUUUGCCUGCCGGGUGGUGUGUGAACGCAGCCCGCCUUACACCGCGCGAAUCUACGCCGCCGGCUUUGACUCCUCCAAAAACAUCUUCUUAGGGGAGAAAGCGACCAAAUGGAAAAACCCCGAUGGGCACAUGGACGGGCUGACCACCAACGGGGUGCUGGUGAUGCACCCGGAGGGGUUCCCCGAGGACCCCAAGCAGGGACUGUGGAGGGAGAUCUCCGUCUGUGGAGACGUCUACGCCCUGCGGGAGACGCGCUCCGGCCCCACCCGGGGCAAACUGGCGGAGGGGGAGAGCAGCGCGCUGCGCGACGGUUCCCUGGUCGACCUGUGCGGCGCCACCCUGCUGUGGCGCACGGGCGAGGGGCUCAUGCGCUCGCCCACCCUGCGCCACCUGGAGGCACUUCGCCAGGAGCUCAACGCGUCCCGGCCCCAGUGCCCGGUCGGCCUCAGCACGCUGGCCUUCCCCAGCCUGCCCCGCAGCCACAGCCUCGAGGAGCGUCAGCCCUGGGUCUACCUCACCUGCGGCCACGUCCACGGGCGGCACGACUGGGGCCAGAGGUCCGAGGGCGUGGCGCAGCCGCGAGAGGGCGAGGGCUCGACCACCCGCCGAGAAUGCCCGCUGUGCCGCAGCGUGGGCCCCUACGUGCCCCUGUGGCUGGGCUGCGAGCCGGCCGUGUACGUGGACGCCGGAGCUCCCACUCACGCCUUUGUGCCGUGCGGCCACGUCUGCUCGGAGAGGACAGCCAGGUACUGGGCGGAGACGCCGCUCCCGCACGGGACGCACGCCUUCAGGGCCGUCUGCCCCUUCUGCUCCGCCGCCCUAAGCACCCCCGGCUGGACGCGGCUCAUCUUCCAGGGCCCCAUCGACUAGCCGCCCCGCCCCUCGGCAACCACCGUCCCAGCAACGGCAGGAUGCCCGGGCUACGUCCACCUCGCAGCCGUUGGUCGGUGUUCGGUGUGACCGAUCAGGUGGUCGUUUUCGCGUAGUGACAGCAGGUGUUCAUCAAACGCCGUCCUUCGUUGUUCCUGGAUGUAGGCCGCAGCUUAGUCCCCGCCCCCGUUUAUCCCUCAGGGCUGGUAUACGAUGUAGAGAAAAAACAAUCAUCAAUCAUCAAUCGUCACUCCGACAGUAUUUAGUGUAACUGGAAGAUUCUGCCGUUUUUUAUUCCAACGAGAAAGGGUCCUCACAAGUAAAACCAAUUCACACACAGAAGCUUAACCGAUGCUGCUUGAACCUUUUUGAAAAGCAAUUAUUUUCACUCCAUUAUCAAACGACAAUCAUAUUAAGCCUUUUU